AUGGCGUCCGUAGGGGCGAUGUGGGGUCCGACGACCCUACGUCUCCUACGUGUCGCAGUGUCUAGAACCGCUGCCGCGGUUCGGACCGCCACGAAACCUCUCCAGGGUCAAGUCGAGCACAUUACUCUCCGAACAAGAACACAGCCGAUUCAUCCUGCCGCUCUGUUGAAGCAGCAAAAGCGAGGUGCUCGAUGGUUUUCGUCAAACACCGCCAGGAGUGUCAACCGCGUUAUCCGGCGAUACUUUACGUCCGAAGCCGGGGGCGUCCCACGACUCGAUCGAUCCAAGCUUCCUUCGUCGAAUACCUCUCGUCGAGUAGCGCAGUUCUCCGGGCGAGCUCCGUUUGCGAACACCCUUCGACCGAACCUCACAGGCGGGGCGUUGCCCCGUACGGCUAGCGGAUAUAGCUUGGGUGGAGGUGCGCGGUACUUUUCGCAUGGGCCAGCUGCACCGGCACAGGUCGUGCAGAAUGUGUCCCAGGCGAUGCGCGCGUUCUUCAUCUCCGGCCAGAAGUUGCGGUACGAUGGCACGAAUGCGCGUGGCGAUCGCCAAUACCGCAGCGUGUCCGACGUGGAGGACCGGGCCAUGCGCAAGUUCGCGGGCGUUCCAUUCCAGGCAGCCGGCGCCUAUGUCGACUUUCAGACCACUCCCGAGGUCACCGCCCUCACCCCCCUGGCCGCUGCCAUUACCAACAAUGGUGGCUUCCAGGCAGAGGCUGUCGCUACCGAGACCACCCUGGAGACAGACGGCUUCCUCGACACACUCUCUGCCGACUUCGGUCGUACGUUGAAGAACCUCACGGCCAUACACGCCGAUCUUGCAAGGCUCAAAGCACUCGGCGGCAUGCCUGUAACGCUGGAAGGCCAUGGCGUGAUCCGGGUGCGCUUUCCUGGUGUAGAUGCCUAUACAGUCGAAGCCUUGUGCGCGGAAGCUGGCAUUCAACGUGGCGUUGUCGGAGAGGACGCCAACUUUGGUCGCGUGCCAGACGCUCCUAUCGCUCUCCACUUCCCGUGCGCUCCUGGUACAGACAGGACCAUCUCCUCGCCGGGAGGGUCUGCGCGCGCCCUGGACGAUUACGAAUUCGAUGAUGGUUUGUCAUCUCUCAGUGACGACUCGUUUAUUCAUCAAGCAUUCGUCGAGGAAGCAGAUGACAAUCCUUGGCUCUCGGACUCGGAUUCAGACGGAUACAAGUCAAUGUCCCCACCGUUGAGUUCAGGCCAGCAUGUGUCGACGGAGUUUGAAGGUCUAGAGGGCAUAUAUCGGUUUAUCGAAGAGUGCGAUCGCGGGCGGGACCGAUUUCGUUGA